AUGCGACCGAGAUACCGAACCGUAUGGGAGGAUGAGAAAGGAAGUAGGAAUGUCGGGAUGUACACGUGGAUUACGUGUAGAUAUAGGAGCACACGUUUCCAAGUGUCAGCGAGGGGUUGGGACAAUUCGGCAGCAAGGACGUGUGCAGAUGGUGGCUACGGCUCUUUCACAUCCUCCGUGUAUCACAAGCCGCGGGUCAUAUCCACAGUAAUGUCCCCACACAUCUUGCUUAGCGACAUCCCACAUCCGUUUCACAUCCGGACAGAUACCAUCACCCUUCCUUCAAGCCUCCAUACCGAGCGUCCUCUCCGCUGCGGUCAGGCCCCGCAGCCAUGUUUCAACAUAUUAACUUGUUUUCGAGCUUGGGCUGGAAAGUCGGCAGUUGGUGGCCGGGCAUUGUCCUCGCCAUCAUCGGAAGGUGCGUUACAUGCUUGCGCUUUUUCACCAUAUUACCGCCUUGGAAACCGAUAG